AUGCGCAGCGAGGGUUACGGUAGUUGGGUUUGUGUGUACUCGUCAUCUCACUUCUCGAGUGUUCACAAAGGAUACCACCUACUGAACGGACUACGAAGGCUAUGCACCAGUUUCCAAAACCACACUUUCGUGCUCUCAGGAACUCCUGGUGCGUACUGCAAUGCAAUAGACAAAGAGCAUCUACCCCCCACACAAUAAUUAUUGCUAUGUAUGUCUGCUCUCCUGUAUCCUGUAAAUGUUGUUUAGUGUAUGUGCUUGUGUUAUUCAGUGACACAAAUGGCAGGAAGGUUUCUUCCAUCUCUACCAUAUUGAGAAUUGACAAUGGUAACACAUGAGCUGAAUGCCGGAAAGAAAGAGGGACAACUCAUUGGUCGUGAGAACUUGAAGACAUUUUUGAGGAAUCACCUGCAGUAUUUAGGGUGGUUAUAAAAACAAUGUGCUGAUUUGAAGUCUAAAACAUACAUGUAUGAGUAUACUCCCCUUUCAGUGUAACACUCACAAAGUCACUCAAGAUUAGUAUAUUUAGUCAUGUGUCAUACAUAUAUACACAGUACAUAAAUGCGUAAGCGCUGGCACAGAUAGCUUCUCCGGGUUACCUCAGAUUGUGUUAUGCAUUUGUGUUAGCUAG